AUGAUCGUGAUAUCUGGUCGCGCCAAUCUUUCGACCCUUCUUGUCCAAGUGGUGGCUCCUGAUCAAACAUGCAGCACCGACAGCAACUGGUACACAUGUGCUGGAACGAAUCCGGCUUUCAUGGGUUGUUGCAAGAGCAACCCUUGCUCGAGUGGAUGUCCGACGCAAGAUCUUACUGCGGCAAGUCUCAGCAUUGAUGACGCGACAGCUUCAGCAUUCGUAACAGCUUCAUCAGCCGCAACUACCUCAACAGCAGCGGCAACCACCGUACCUGAUGCUCCAUACUCCGCCGGAGACCAUGUGGGUGCGAUUGCGGGAGGUGCUAUCGGGGGUGUAGCCGGUCUCUGUCUGGCCGCGAUCGGUGUUAUCUGGUGUAUGAAGCGUCGGAGACAAGCACGCAAGCAAAAGUACGAACAACAAAAGAUGGCGGAAGAAUACAAAAACGACGAUGGUCAUUUCCACAACACAUACAUCCCACGGCAAGUGGACACGCCAACCGGUAUCCAACCUCAAGAUGCGGAAGAACCUCGAAGGACUGUCUACUCUUUGGAAGAUCCUGAAGGAAUUGAGGUUGAUGACCGACCUGCACAGACUGCUUCAACUCGACCAAGCACUUCAGACCAGCAUAGCACCACGCAAACCUACAACAUCAGUCCGAAUAUCAGUCGGCCACCCAGCGUUGGCAGCCCAUACCCCCCCAGCGUCGGCAAUCCACCCAGCAUAGGCACUUCCUGGUUCACCCGCGACUCCAUCUUCGCAAAUGGCAAUCCUCAACUCGCAAACAUCCCCUCACCAGACGAGAGUCAUCGCGCCUCUUGGAUCGAGCAAUCACGACAUCACAACAACAGCAGUCCGAUGGUCACGCCCAUCCAUUCGCCUCUUCAUCAAGCUACUCAUUCCGAUUACUUUGGUGCUUACGAGAAUCAUCAACGCAAUACCUCUCACAUUUCCCGACAUCCGAUAUCGCCGCAAAAUCAGUACUUCGAAUUGGACGACACGCAGUUGAGUCCGCCUGUUGAACUUGAGGCUAUCGAGGCGGGGACGAAAGAGCGGCGGGAGAGCACGUGGCAGAGUGUGUUGCAACAACCUAUCCGCAGACGUAGUCGGCAUGAUGUAGAUGAGAGACAAACGGGAUCUGCAUAUUUCUCGCCUGACGAUGUGGGUAAAGCGUGUAGUAGAAGUUGA